GUUGCUAUUUUGUGCUCCUCGAGUCACCAGUCCUUUAAGCGAGCGGGGCGGUGCUUGGUGCGCGUGCGCGGUCCUGCUACUCCUCCCAAACUGCCAACUCUGCGCGCAGGCGAGUUGGGCUCGGUCUGCCUCGGUUUACGCGUGCGCCCAACGGGCUUGGCCCCGGAAGACCGGACGCCUGCGCAGUGGGGUCUAAGGUGACAGCCCUCCGGCUGGGGCGCGGGUCCGUCAUGGCGGAGUCCUGGUCUGGGCAGUCCUUGCAGGCUCUGCCGGCCACGGCGCUGGGCGCUCUGGGCGCCCUGGGCAGCGAGUUCCUGCGGGAGUGGGAGGCGCAGGACAUGCGUGUGACCCUCUUCAAGCUGCUGCUGCUGUGGUUGGUGCUAAGUCUCCUGUGCAUCCAGCUGGCGUGGGGGUUCUACGGGAGCACGGUGACCGGGCUGUACCAUCGCCCAGGUCUGGGCGGCCAGAACGGAUCCACACCCGAUGGCUCCACGCAUUUCCCUUCGUGGGAAACGGCAGCAAACGAACCUCUCAAAACCCACAGAGAAUAAGGGGAAGGCAGCAGAGGGUCUCCAGGGACAUCACCGGGUCUGCUGGCUCCCACACUGGGCUCUACUGCUGCUCAGACCCCAGGGAUGACUGCAGGGGGGUCAGGGUUGGGGGGUAGGGAGUACCCCAGUGCUUGUGGAGUUGGGCCCCCUCUGCCCCUGGCAUUUCCUCCAGCGCCCCAAGCACUGGGCCAGUAAAGAGUUCGCCUCCCCCUGGCCUGGUGCCUUAAGGAGAGAAGACCUGCUGUUCUCGGGGUCAGGUAGGAGCCUCUGGGUGAGGAAGGCCAGCAGUCCAUGUCCUGUCCCUCUUCCCAUCCCCCUGGGGGUGACCCACAGGGAUCUGUCCCUCACGAAGCCUGAGGUUGACUAGCCCUAGGAUUUGUAAGGAAGUGUUUUCACUUAAGCCCUAGGUUUUCUGAACUUGGUUUUGCUGUGUUGGCAGGGAUCCAGGAAUCUUGGCCUGGACACAGCCUUAUACCCUGUGGGUACUUAGUUGGCCACUCAAGUGUAAGUAAGGCAGGGGGCAGCUGGCACCAUCCAGACAUGGAGGCGCCAGACACCCACCUUCCGGUCCCAUCCGAGCUCUCCAGGUGCGAGCAGGCUGUGGACACUGUCUUACCCUGAGCAUCCUCCUCCUCCUCCUCUCUCCUUGGAGGGAAGCUGGGUGCUGAAAGAGGCUGAGCCCCAGGGUGACUUCCCACCCCCAACACUGCGGUGCUAAGUGCCCCGGGGUGGGGGGUCUGUCCCCUGCCCCUCCGAGGGAUCCUAAGCAGUUAGCGCAGGCAGCCCCACCCGCAGCCUCAUCACUUCCCGUCUUGACCUGGAACCACAGGAGCUUCAUCCUAAGAGCGCGGGCUCAGGUCCUCCCCUCUAGCGCCAUCUCAGCCCCCAAGAACUUCGAAGAGGGCAGAGCCACGGGCGAGGCAGGCCUGCCACUUCCCAACUAGGCCCGGGGGCCUGCCACAGGGAGGGGUGGCACAGGCAGCUCCCGAAGGCCGUGUGGCCUAGACCCGUCUCCCUCCGGCCCGUCUGCCUGCCCCUCUGUCGGUGUCACAUGGCCAUCUGGCAGCCUGUGCCUAGACCUCUGCACAGGGCGCCGAGCUCCUGCCGGGUGCUUACUGCAGAGACACCGCUGCCGCGGGGU